AAGUAUAUUUUGGACAAAUAAAAUCUCACACUGAUGUAUUGGACAAGCUCCUAUCAGAAGCUGGUAUUCAACGCUAUAAUCCUCGGAUUAUUUCUGAUAACAAACCAAGGUUCAUAUCUCUUGCGAUGUUUACUUUUGGAGAGGCAUCUAUACUAAACGGGAUUAACUAUUUGCAUUCUCCUGGAACAAUGGAUGAUUUGAAGCCCGUGACACAUAUUUUUGCCGUUGACAUCACUUUAGCGAGAGGGAUUAAGUUACUUCACCAAGGCUUCAAUUAUCUGAUAGAAGGGUCCAAAGAUGCUCGUGUAGGUCUUCUGUUUAGUGGCAAUCAUACUACAAAUUUAUUUAGCCUCCUUUUUGUGAAGGUUUUUGAAAUUACUACAUCCUCAUAUAGGUUUGCUUUAUAAUUUUUAAAGUUGACUUUUAAUAAUAGAUUGA